AUGGCUAACAGAAUUGAAAUCUUUAAAAAGUAUUUUGAUAAAUACAUUGUAGAGGAAAAAGGCAAAGUCUCAUUGAAGAGAUUCCACGACUUCGCUCCUCAUGUCAUUCUCAGCAACAGCCAAGGAGUCGAUGACAUAAAAAAUUUCUGGACUAUGUCCUUCAAAAAAAUGGUUACUGACAGUAACAUAAAGGAGUACAGCAAGGAGCAACCAAAUUGGGAUGAUAUCGUGAAGAAGAUUCUCUCCAGCACCGAGCAAUCAAAGGGCAAGCGAAAAAGGUUAAACAUAUAUCUUUCUGAGAACAUGGUACCCGGCGUAACAUUGGACCCUGAAGUUGAGAAGUGGGAAGUCAAUGGAGUAGUGGUUUCCGAACUGUUACUUAAAUACCGAGAAGAAAGCAUCAAAAAGGGAGAGAAACAAGUGCUGGACAUUUAUCAAGAAGAGCUUUCUCUCAAUGGUAUUUUUUUAUUUGAUGACUUGAACUGCGUUUAUCCGGAUUGCUCAUCAGUGUAUGGGUUUGAUCGUGACACCUGGCAAGCGGUUAUGAAUGAAUGCAAGGAGCUAUAUCCCGCUCAAUCGUUGUCAAAAAAAACUAAAAAAAUCAUAAAAAAAUUUGCGGAGGCUGGCGCUGAAAAUUUCGAUAAAUGCGACAAGAUUGUUGAGAAACUGAACAACAAAGAUCAGAUCCGAGAAUCGCUGCGCAAUAUAACUGACGGUAAAGCAUCCCGCAAAGAAAAAGAAACCAACCAUAAAAAGGGCUAUGUGUUCCCAGAUUUAUCGAUGAACUUUGAAUGCGGAGCCAUGCCCAUGCAACGUCUCCUAAUUGCUGAAAUCAAGCCUCCGCAUAAAGUUCGAACAGGAAGCAGACCGGACUUAAUCAAACUUGCUCUACAAAUGAAGGAUUCAAUUGACAAAAUGAUUAAUGACGGUGUAGACGAUCCUGAAAUAACUGUUUCAGGUCUGCUUAUUGAAGGUUUCCGAUGCACGCUAUUUGUCAUGGAUCUAAAAUACCAAAAAAUCUACCGUUUCAUUCCUUUGCAAGUUUUCUACAUCCCUCGGGAUCGCCACGAUUUUGGCGUUCUCUUACACAGUUUUAAAGCAUUAUCGACAAUGGAGCGGAUGGUUUCAAAAAAUGCCGAAUUGUGUUUCCAGUUCCUUCGCAACAAAAAGAGAAUGUCUAUUCGCAGUAGUUACAUCACCGAGCCAUGCAUUCCAAAAUCAUCUGAAGCAGUACAGACCCCUGAAAAUGACCAGUAA